ACUAGUCACAUUUGCAUUUAAUACUAGACGGUGACUGGUUGAGUUGAGGUGUUGUUUUAGGCCGUAUUAUAAUAAUUCUAUAGAUAGAUAUCUUUUAAUAUUUAACAAAAUGAAUAGUACUUUUCUGUAUUACUUCCUUUUAUUUUCACAUAGUAAUAAAGUUAGAAAUUAACAUUGAAACGCCCAAAUUGUCAAUAUUGACAAGCAGGCCAAAAUGUCUAAACGUGGAGCAGAAGAUAGCGGUAACGGCAGCAGCCAGCCUCCGAUCAAAAAAGUUCAUUUUGAACCCCAUCUCAUUGGUCCCGUGUCCACUCUCGAGGAAAUGGAUAUAAAAGUUUUGCAGUUCCAAAAUAAAAAAUUGGCACAGAGAAUAGAACAACGACACCGAUGUGAAGCCGAGUUAAGAGCAAGAAUAGAACAACUAGAAAAAAGACAAACCCAGGAUGAUGCUGUGCUAUGUGUUGUGAACCGUUAUUGGAAUUUACUAAAUGAAGACAUCAGAGUGUUGUUACAGCGUUUUGAUGCUGAAACAGCUGAUGAGUCAGAAAACAAAAAUGAGAAUGAGGCGACUACAUCAUUUUUAAUGCAGUUAUCAACAUGGGACAAAGAGGAGUUGGAUGCUCAACUUGCAAAUCGAGUUCAAGUGAGCAAACGGGCUGUUGCCAAAGUACUGCAAGCUUUUGAUAGGCUCCAACAAAGGAAUGACAAGAUUUGGAAGGCAAUUAAAGGAGAAGGAGAAGAGGGCGCACCACCGCCGUCAUUGGACACGGUAGUGCUGGCUGCCAACGAGGAGGUGACGGCGGAGAAUCGGCGGCUGCAAGCACUGAGUACGACGCUGCACGAAACGCACCACUCGAUGACGCUGCGUGUCGCACAGUUGCAGGACGCAGUCAACAGCCGUGACACGGAGAACGCCGAGCUCAAGAACCAGAUCGACGACUUGCAGUACGAACUUAUGAAGGUGCGGUCCCGCAACGACAAACUCGAGAAUCAUCUGGCGGAGGCGAUUGAGAAGCUGAAGAGCUACCACCAAUCUGGCGCGAGCUCGUCGAGUAGUGGAGCGGGUGGUGCGGCGACCAGUACUCCGCUGUCGGCGGUGGCGGCUGCCAAGCUGGAAGACGUGGCGGCCGAGCUGGAAGAGCAACGCGAGUUGGCUAACAACCGCCUUGCCGAGCUCGACCGCCUGCACCGUCAGCACCGUGACACGCUAAAGGAGGUCGAGAAACUCAAGAUGGAUAUCCGUCAAUUGCCCGAGUCGAUAAUCGUAGAAACAACAGAGUACAAGUGCCUACAGAGUCAGUUCUCGGUGCUGUACAACGAGUCGAUGCAGAUGAAAACGGCGCUCGAUGAGACGCGGUUGCAGUUGCAGAACGCCAAGAACCUGCAUCUAAGGCAGAUAGAGAUGAUGGAGAGUGAAGAGCUAUCGAGGCAAAAGGCGUUACGCGCUGAGAUGAUACAAUUAGAAGACGUAUUAGGUCAAUUGAGGAAGGAGUAUGAGAUGUUACGUAUAGAGUUUGAGCAGAACUUGGCGGCGAAUGAGCAGACGGGCCCCAUCAACAGGGAGAUGAGGCACCUGAUCACUUCACUGCAGAACCACAACCAGCAACUCAAGGGGGAAGUUCACAGGUACAAGAGGAAAUAUAAAGAUGCAAGUCAAGAAUUGAAUAAGGCGCGAAAGGAACUAGAGGAGGCUACGGCGGCAGCCGCCCGCGGCGGAGAGGCGCCUGACGAUAAGCCGCUCGCCGUCAAAAAGGAGGAGCCCGACCCUGAGCAAGGCGACGAGGGCGGCAGCAGUGCGAGUGCGGACGUGAAGCCAGCCGUCGCCAAGGAGCACAAUCGCGCCAAGCUUCAGGAACAAGAGCUCAUCAUCAAGGAUCUCAAACAGCAACUUAAGAAAGCGGUGAACGAGCAGAAGGAACUGAAACUACUGCUGGACAUGUACAAGGGUGUGAGCAAGGAACAACGCGACAAGGUGCAACUGAUGGCCGCCGAGAGGAAGGCGCGCCAGGAGCUAGAGGAUCAUCGCCAGAAGGCCAAGAUGGCGCAGGAGAGCAAGCGGGAGCGGCGCGUGGCGGACGAGGACGCGCUGCGCAAGAUCAAGCAGCUGGAGGAGCAGAAGUACGAGUUACAGAAGCAGUUGUCGUGCGCUAGGCCCAACGCCGACCCGCUCCAUGCCUUCUCCAGGCCCUUCGCCGGCUCCCAGGAAGAAGAAGCGUUAUUAAAUGAAAUGGAAGUAACCGGACAAGCAUUCGAGGACAUGCAGGAGCAAAACUCGCGACUGAUCCAACAGCUUCGGGAAAAAGACGAUGCUAACUUCAAACUUAUGUCCGAGAGGAUAAAGGCGAAUUCACUGCACAAAUUGUUGCGGGAGGAGAAACAACUUUUACAAGAGCAGGUUGUGACACGAGAUCAGCAGAUCGAGUCCAUGGGCGCGGUGGCGCGGCGGCUGGAGGAGAAGGAGCGUUUGCUGCAGACAACGCUAUCGGCUGUUGAAAAGGAACUAGUCCUCCGGCAGCAGGCCAUGGAGAUGCAUAAGCGGAAGGCAAUCGAAUCUGCACAAUCUGCCGCUGACCUCAAAUUGCACCUUGAGAAAUAUCAUGCGCAAAUGAAAGAAGCGCAACAAGUGGUCGCAGAGAAGACGAGCGCACUCGAAGCGGAGGCUUACAAAACAAAAAGACUACACGAAGAACUUGCUAUGUUGAGGCGUAAAGCAGAGAGGAUGAAGAAAAUGGAGCAAGCAGGCAGCAGUAUGGAUGAGGUACUGCUCGAGGAGAUCAAGGAAUACAAGGAGACACUUACCUGUCCAUCAUGCAAAGUGAAACGCAAGGACGCAGUCCUAACGAAGUGUUUCCACGUGUUUUGCUGGGAUUGUCUGCGCACGCGCUACGAAACGCGGCAGCGGAAAUGUCCCAAAUGCAAUGCCGCCUUCGGUGCCAACGACUAUCACCGCCUCUACCUCUCUACCUAGACUGUUCGCGGGGGGAUCGCCCUGCAUCACGUGCGUCUCUUUACACCUCCACAUGGUCACGCUCUCUUUUGGACCGUCACUGUAAAUUAUUUCGCUAUGCGUGUAUUUUGGUUGUAUCCAAUACACCUUAUAAGUCGAAUGAUUGAACUAAAAUCUAGAUGUGUCCAGAAUAUACACUUUCAUAUGUCAGACGACAGGAGGUGUUUUCUGCAUUAGACUGGUCUUAUUGCACUCGGCACCUGCACGAAUUUAUUUUAAUUUCAUUGGAAUUGUACACAUAUUGUACAGAUAGAAGGGCGCCGAUUAACUGAGAUAUUGACGUCUUAACAAAAAUAAUAAUAGUUAAAAUAUAACCUAAUACAGAUAUCAGAAACAGCUUUUAUAUGCUUUAUACUUCUGUCAACGCCCAUAUUUUACAGACUUAACAAAUCCAAGAUUGGGCAUCUGUGGACCGCCCGCUCGGUUAGCAUUCACUUUCUGUGAUGAUAGUUAUAGAUUUUGACAUAAUUUAUUACUGAAAAAGUAAUUAAGAAAACAAUAUCAGUCGUCACACGCGCGGAGGUUGAACAAAAGGAAUAGGUUGUGAAUUGGAUUGUAUUGUAGAUUGUAUCAGGAGCAUUUUAUAUUAAUGUGUGUAUAAAUGUCUUCUAAAUAUUUAUAAACAUGGAUGAUGAGUAUAAAAAUUACUUUGUUAAAAUCUAGCUAAUUGUACCUAAAUUUAUUAACUCACUACCUAACACAAUAUCCAAGGAAAAGAAAAUAUAUAUACUAUAUUUGUCUGUAAAAUCUAAUAGCCGAUUCUAAAUUAAAGCAUUUUAAAUGAACUGAGAUUCACUUAGCUCUCAGUCAUGUUUGCAUUUAACUGAGCAAACAAAUGAUAAUUACAAAUUAAUAUUUGAUUACAGCAUCGUCAUUAACAAAAGUUUUAACUUCACGCUUUUCUAAAUUGUCAGUUAAAUAACAUUCAUACAUGACCUUAUCACAAAAGUUAAAAUAAAAGUUGAAGAUUAUCAUUGACGAGACAAUGUUCAAGACUUUAAAGGAUAUCAUGUCAUAUUUUGAAUCUAAACUAUCUUGUAUUUUAUGUAAAUAAACACUCAAGUCGAUUAGAUCGAAGUGUUAAUGUACUCUAUGUACUCGAUACGACAUUGUAUUUGAUGGGAUUCAUCAUUUCUCCAUUGUGUCUGUAUAAACACUGUAUUUUUAUAUACACGUCGUAAUUGUUACAAGUAUAAGUAAUAAUGCAUUUCGCAAGAAUGUAUAUGAGAUGUAUUUAACUGAAGUAGAUGUUAUUUUGCGGAAGUCUAUAUCACUUGUUAGUUGAUAAGAAUGUUUUUGUUUAAUUCCACUAACAUUAGUAUGCGUGCGACUUCUAACAUUUGAGGAUUGAUUAUUAUUAUAAUUAAUAGAAGUUCAACGACAUUCUCUAUUAGUUUUCAAUCUCUGAUCGUUAUUUGUAAGACUUCUGUUUAAUCUACUACUAUAUAUUCUAGUACUAAAAUUUAUAUUAUUAUUAAUAGUCAAUUUUCAAAUGUUGCCAAUCACACUCAUAGUAAUGGUAUCGAAAUUAAAUAAUCCCAAUCAAUUAACCAGUCAUAUAAGAUGUGUUAUAAAUGUGUAUAUUUAAGGAUAUCAUGAAAUCGAACAAGUGGAUAUAGUGUAAUAUGUAUAUUUAAGUUAAUAUAUUUAAGAAUUAUGCAUAAGUAUCUUAAUAGACGAGCUCGUACACAUGAAUUUCCUAUGAGCUGUUGCAUCGUCGAUCAUUGACUGAUAUAUUUAUAUAUUUAGUUUUAAAUUUUUCAUUGGGCUUGGCUCGUAAUAUAAAUACAUGAAGUAAAAAAUCGACCGACAAAUAUGACUUACCCAGUUUUAAUGUAUAGUUAAAAAUCUUUACAGAAAUUGGGUGUUUAGUACAGGAUUUCCUGUAGUUCUAGAUAUAAUAAACAAGUCCUAAAUGGGCAUCAAGUUAAUUCACAGUAUUUAGUUAAUAACAUUUUUAUAAUAUUGAGGUAAGUGGUAAGGCUUUGUAUGCAAUAUUUCCUUUGAAAUUUUGGAGAUAAUAUUCCAUGUUUCAUUGUAUAAAUUAUUUUCAGUAUAAGCUGAAACUAAGUACAUAGAUCUUAAACCACCUAUUGAAUUAAAAUAGUACUUUUAAUUCUAAAAAAAUUAAGUUAAUUGUCUCCAUAUUUCGCUAUUUACCGAAAUUCAGUUGAUCCUUUAUGUAAAAUGUUAAAAUUACAUGUUGGUAAUAAAAUGUUUUGCAAUAAUUGCAAUAACCGACAGAAGGAUGUUAAACGUAUUUUUUUUUUCUAGUAGAUUUAGAAAAAAUACAAAGGUAGAAACAAAUGCAGUUACAUGCACUUGGUGAAGUAAUGAUAUUUGUUAUAAACAUCACAAAAUAAUUACUGCUUACAUGAUUAAGCAAAAAGAGGGUAAACAUACAUUUUUUAAAUCAUUAUAUUUUGUAUAUUUUUUAAAUUAAAAUUUAUUGUUCAGUUUUAAAAUCACAAAAAAAUAGAUUUUGUAGUAUUUAGAUGUUCAUUUGACAGAUUUUGAUAUGUCAACAUUAGGAAAUGUAGUAAAACUGUAAUAAAAAUAUGCAAAAUACAGUGAAAGUAUACAUAACUGUUAAACUUGUAUUAUUUUAAUGGAAUAUGUCGAAUAAAUGUCUCAAACCAAA